AUGAUCUCUUUCUUUCAAUCCGCCUCUCCGCCGCGACUGGGGUUAUUAAUUACAUGGUGGCCGUGCAUCAUGCGGCCGUACCAACACGCCAAAGUUUUGCCCACCGGUCCUGCCUGCUGGGCUGCAACCACCAUCCCUGACCGGUCUUGGGUUCACCAGCCCAUCGAAAUAUGGCCUCUCCACCUCUUGGCCGCUAUCGAGCUAAACAACAAAUCUUACCAAUGA